CAAGCGAAACACUCGGAACAAGUCAGAAAACAUUAUUUUGUAUUUUGAAGCCUUUGUCCUUUAUUCAUCCAUCUAUGAUCUAUGACAACUCCAAGGAGUGAUGGAAACAGAACGCACGCGGCCAAUGUUCCCAUGGUACAAGGAGAGGUUGGAGACCAAGUAUCUUAAAGCCCCAGCAAACAAGAUUUCCUUGGUCGGCAGUUGUUGCCGUUUUGCCAACAUGAGACUCGAUGACUUCAGUGAGUGCUCGUCAGAUUUAUCCAGGAACCAGAGAGCUGUCUCAUCGGUUAUUUUCCAGCGUGACACUUCAAACCACAACUCCAGUCAAAAGCAUAUAAAAGGCCUCUCUAAAGAACACACUUGCUUUUCAAAGCAGAUGAUCCAAAAACAGAUUCGCAGAGAUUAUGUGGCUGCUGUGGAGGAGAAACUCAAACAGCAUCCUUUGGCUAUGUUCCCGCACUAUAGAGAUCACAUGACCCCAGAGUUAUUCGAUAAGGUGGUAUCCGUUUUGGACCCAGACAUAGGCGAAUACAGUGCCUCUGCACUUCCUACGCCUACAGAAGACCAUGCGGAGGACGAAGGUGAAGAAAGCUGUACAGUGCCAAGGAAGGAUGAAGGGAAAAGAGUAAAACAGGGAGCUUCUGCUGAUACAAUCCCUGAUGUCCAACAUGAAAGUCACAGAAACCCUUAUAUGCUACAAAUGAAUGGGAAUGGUUCCAAGAAAGGCCGGACGGGCAAACUAUAUCAACUCAGCAAACACAAGGACAUGAAAGCAGCCGCCACCAUAUUCAGCAGAUGGUUUGCCUCUCCCGAUGAAGAGACCAAUAUUACUGAAUCUGCAGUACACUGAGCCACUGCUUCACCACGAUUCCCUGUUCAAGCGGAGGGCAGCAACAAUUACUAAGGUCAAGAAUGACAUUCUGUCCAGGCCACAGAGGGGACAUGUUUAAAGCAGCAGAGCCAAACAGAGAACACAAACGGUAAAGUUAAGAAAAUCUUAGAAACCCACAACGUCGGAAAUACCCCCCCACUGCAGUUUAAGUUCCUUCCAUCAGGAUCCAAACAUUAGCCAAUACGAGCAGAUACACAUUCUCUAUCAAACCAUUUUUUAAAGUGCGGGUAGCAUCAGCACAUCUCCAACCAUGCUUGUUUCCCCUUCCUUUCUUUCUUUUUUGCUAAAUGUUGUUCUUUCCUUUAUUCACCUUUUACUCUUGUAAUCAUAAUCUGACUGUGAAUGUCCUUUUGAUCUUUAUCUGUUUGUUUCCCUGUCUUUAUUGCUACGGCGGCAGAGCCAAUAAUCCCUCAGGGACAAUAAAGGAUUUGAACACGAACAAAGAGUAGCAAAAUAUUAUUUCUAAAUCGCUUCUGAUUUAGAAGAUGUACAGUGAAGACCCUGUUGGGUCCAGACACAGGAAGCGAUGUGGAACAGUUGGUUUGUUGACAGAAUGAGGACCAGAAACAGAUGUAUGUAACCUUAGCUGUGAGGAGUUACGUAAUGCACAAUGGACCAAGGCUAAAAGGCAAGACUUUACAUUUAAAGGAGGGGUUUCUGUGUAUGGAGUGUUCAAACCACAGACAUGCUCUUCAA